CAUUGCGUGUCUGGCUCGUUCCAAAAUGGAGCACAGGGGCGGAGUGCCCGCCAUAACAGCCGGCGACAUCAAAGUGGAGGCGGACGAAUGGAGGCCGUUUCGCUUGGACGGUGCCGGCGAAUGUGGCGGCAGCGGCGAGAAGGCGGGCUGUGCGGCUCGCCGGCUUCGCCCAAUCAAAGCCGAGGCCGGCCGGGCGGACGAUUCCGCGCGCGGGACGCGCCGCCGGGCCGCGGUGAAACCGGAGGCAGCCGAACCGGCCGACCGCGUGAAGCCUGAGAGGGGCCGGGCAGUGCAUCCUGGGAAACUGAGUCCGUGCGACCCGGCGGGACGGAAGUGGCUCUGCCUGCAGUGCAACCGGACCUUCAGCAAGGAGAGGUUUCUGAAGACGCACUGGAAAGUUCACCUGGGAACGAGAUUUCUGGCGAAAAGGAAACCGCACACUUGCGGCGAAUGCAAGAAGAGCUUCACGCGUCUGGGGAACCUGACGGCGCACAAGCGGCUCCACGCGGGCGACAGGCCUUACCCCUGCGGGGAGUGCGACAAGCGUUUCAGUCGGCUGGGAAACCUAAAAACCCAUCAGCGAGUUCACAAGGGCGAGAGACCGUACCGGUGCGUGGAGUGCGGAAGGCUCUUCAGCAACUUGGCACGCAUGAAGGAACACAAGAGAAUACAUACGGGAGAAAAACCGCACACUUGCGCCGCGUGCGGCAAGAGUUUCAGACUUCCGGCACUGUUAAAGGAGCAUGAGCGGAUACACACGGGGGAGAAACCCCACUCUUGCCGUGACUGUGGGAAGUGCUUCAGGCAGCGGACGACUCUGAAACAGCACCGGCGGAUUCAUUCGGGAGAGAAACCGCUCGCUUGCGGCGAGUGUGGGAAGCGUUUCCGGCAGUCGGGAAGCUUACAGAAUCACCGGACGACCCACAAGCUGGAGAAACCGCACCCCUGCGCGGACUGUGGGAAAAGCUUUAGUCGCGCUGGGAGCUUAAAGGAACACCGACGAGUGCACACGGGGGAGAAACCGUACUUCUGUUCUGAAUGUGGAAACAGUUUCAGCCAUUCGGGACACCUGAAACAGCAUCAGCUGAUGCACACGGGAGAGAAACCGUACUCUUGCUCCGAAUGCGGAAGCAGCUUCAGAAAACUAGAGUACUUGAAAGAGCACAACAGACUUCACACGGGAGAGAAACCGUACACCUGCUCUGCGUGCGGGAAGAGUUUCAGGGUGUCGAAGAAGUACAAGGAGCACCAGCGCAUUCACUCCGGGGAAAAACCGUACAGUUGCAAAGACUGCGGGAGGAGCUUCAGGCGGCUGGGACCAAUGAAAGAUCACCAGCAGAUGCACACGGGAGAGAGACCGCACCGCUGCGCCGACUGUGGGCGGGGUUUCAGGCUAGCCCGGAGCCUGAGGCGACACCAGCAGGUUCACGCCAAGCAGCGCAAGCCUCGUUCUGGCGACUAGGUCAGUCCUGAGACGACGAGGCCUCGUACCCGGUGCGCGGUGAAGACGCCCUGCAGCGUGUGCGCGGUGAAGACGCCCUGCAGCGUGUGCGCGGUGAAGACGCCCUGCAGCUUGUGCGAGGUGAAGAUGCCCUGCAGCGUGUGCGCGGUGAAGACGCCCUGCAGCGUGUGCGCGGUGCAGACGCUGCUCCUGCUAGCUGUGUGUGGAGCGGCUGGGCUCACACAGCGCUGUAGUGCUUGUGUGUGUCCUUACGAGUGCAUUUCUGCUCAGCUCAGAUGUGCCUGGAGCCUGAGAGACUUUCAUUCAUUUAGAUGCUGGUAGGUCCAGGAGAAUUUUCAAGAGAAUUGUCAUUUACCACCGUGUAAA